AUGGUCGCCGACGCCCUCGUCUACCACCCCUCCGUCGCGCACUACCUGCGCUUCGCCGCCACCACCGUCGGCAAGGACAAGCUGCUGCGGCUGCUGCAGUACUUUGCCCGCUUCUACGCGUGGUACCUCCUGCGCACCAACGGCACCGCCGACCGCAUCGCCCCCUGGAACGCCAUCAAGAAGCAGUUCGGCACCGUCCGCAAGGUCCUCCGCUUCGGCAAGAACGUCGAGCACGUCAAGGCCGCCGCCGUCGCCGCCGACGCCAAGGGCACCGACCCCGUGCUGCAGUACGCCGCCGUCGGCCGCCAGCUCGGCUACGCCGCCUACCUCACCUUUGACGCCCUCGCCCUGCCGGACGUCCUCGGCGUGCGCAAGAUUCAGAACGUCAAGAGCCUGACGGCGAACGCGUCGCGCGCGUGGGCGGUGGGAUUGGUGUUUAGCGUGGUUGCGCAGGCGUACACGCUGUUCAGACUGCGUCAGCGCGAGGCACAGCUGGACCGCAAGGACGGCGAGGGCGUUGUCGAGAGCAAGCGAAUCAAGAUUGAGAGAGCCGCCAGCCACCUGCAGCUGCUCUCCGAUCUCUGCGACUUGACCAACCCCGUCUCCGCCCUCGGCUGGGUCAACUUUGACGACGGCAUCGUCGGUCUCGCCGGUACCACCUCCAGUUUGAUCGGUAUCUACAACCAGUGGCGCAAAACGGCCUAA